AUGGAGGGGCCCUUGUCCGUGUUUGGGGACCGCAGCACCGGGGAGGCGAUCCGAUCCCAGAACGUUAUGGCUGCAGCUUCUAUUGCCAAUAUUGUGAAAAGUUCUCUUGGUCCAGUUGGCUUGGAUAAAAUGUUGGUGGAUGACAUUGGUGAUGUAACCAUUACUAAUGAUGGUGCGACAAUUCUGAAGUUACUGGAGGUAGAACAUCCUGCAGCAAAGGUUCUUUGUGAGCUGGCUGAUCUUCAAGAUAAGGAGGUUGGAGAUGGGACUACUUCAGUGGUUAUUAUAGCAGCAGAACUUCUGAAAAAUGCAGAUGAACUAGUCAAACAGAAAAUUCAUCCCACAUCAGUGAUUAGUGGCUAUCGCCUUGCUUGCAAAGAAGCAGUGCGUUAUAUCAGUGAAAACCUAAUUAUUAACACAGAUGAACUUGGAAGAGAUUGCCUGAUAAAUGCUGCUAAGACAUCGAUGUCUUCCAAAAUCAUUGGAAUAAAUGGUGAUUUCUUUGCUAAUAUGGUGGUGGAUGCUGUACUUGCUAUUAAAUACACAGAUGGAAGAGGCCAGCCUCGCUAUCCAGUCAAUUCUGUUAAUAUCCUGAAAGCCCAUGGAAGAAGUCAGACAGAGAGUCUGCUGAUCAGUGGCUAUGCACUGAACUGUGUGGUGGGAUCGCAAGGCAUGCCCAAGAGAAUAGUUAAUGCCAAAAUUGCUUGCCUCGACUUCAGCCUUCAGAAGACAAAAAUGAAGCUUGGGGUGCAGGUGGUUAUUACAGACCCUGAAAAACUGGACCAGAUUAGACAGAGAGAAUCCGAUAUCACCAAGGAGAGGAUUCAGAAGAUCCUGGCGACUGGGGCCAACGUUAUUCUAACCACUGGUGGCAUUGAUGAUAUGUGUCUGAAGUAUUUUGUGGAGGCUGGUGCAAUGGCAGUUAGAAGAGUUUUAAAAAGGGACCUUAAACGCAUUGCUAAAGCCUCGGGAGCAACUAUUCUUUCGACCCUGGCCAAUCUGGAAGGUGAGGAAACUUUUGAAGCUGCAAUGUUGGGACAAGCCGAGGAGGUGGUACAGGAGAGAAUUUGUGAUGAUGAGCUCAUUUUAAUAAAAAACACUAAGGCGCGCACAUCCGCAUCUAUCAUCUUACGUGGGGCGAAUGAUUUCAUGUGUGAUGAGAUGGAGCGCUCUCUACAUGAUGCCCUUUGUGUGGUGAAGAGAGUUCUGGAGUCAAAAUCUGUGGUUCCAGGUGGGGGCGCUGUAGAAGCAGCCCUGUCCAUAUACCUUGAGAACUAUGCGACUAGCAUGGGCUCUCGAGAACAGCUGGCUAUUGCAGAGUUUGCGAGAUCUCUCCUUGUUAUCCCGAACACACUAGCAGUUAAUGCUGCCCAAGACUCCACAGAUUUGGUUGCAAAGUUAAGAGCUUUUCACAAUGAGGCGCAAGUUAACCCUGAACGUAAAAAUCUAAAAUGGAUUGGUCUUGAUCUGGUCAAUGGCAAACCUCGCGACAACAAGCAAGCAGGGGUGUUUGAACCAACAAUAGUUAAAGUGAAGAGUUUGAAAUUUGCAACUGAAGCUGCCAUUACCAUUCUUCGGAUUGACGAUCUUAUUAAAUUACACCCAGAAAGUAAAGAUGAUAAACAUGGAGGUUAUGAAGAUGCUGUGCACUCAGGAGCCCUUAAUGACUGAUGGGAUUUAUUUAUAACAAUGUUAGAUGCAGUUGUCUUGUACAUCAACUAUUAACACAUUAAAAUAUGAAGAGCUGU